CACGCUUCCCUUUCACCCAUUUCAAAUUUAGCCAACCACAUUACCAGUCUUCCAUCCAAAAGAAACUCGAAAAAAAAAAGUUUGACCGAAAACAAAACCCACUCGCGCCCCGAGCCAAUCCUUGCCAUUCUCCCUCGGCCUCCCGACGCCCCAAAAGCGGAGCCGAACUCGGCCGCCCGAGCCAUUCACCAACCCAGAGCGAGCGCGAGCACCAAACCCAACCAGAAAGCCAGGAACCCCCUCCCAAUCGCACCCCGGCCCGCGCGCCGGCGUCCUCCUAUGCUCGCCGGCGAAGGGCGCGGCCGCCGAUGCCCAGCCCGCCGAAGGAACGCCCGUCUGGCCGCCUCGGCCGCCUCCUCGCCGCGCUCCGCCCCUCCCGCGCCGGGCCCCUCCCCGUCCAGACCGGCUUCCCCACCUCCCUCGCCGACCUCGUCGUCAAGAACCAUGGCCGCCUCAAGAAGCAGCCUUCCCCGUCCUCCAAGCGCUGGAGGCGCGGCGCUUCGCCUUCGCCGUCCCCUUCCGUUUCCCCCUCGCCGGCGCCAUCCCCGCCGCCUGCCUCUCCGCCUCCGCCUCCCCCGCCGGCCGCCGUCUCGCCGUCGGAUCAGCCGAGGCCCGACCUUCAGCCGGCCCGGCCCGCUCGCGGCGGCAAAGGCGGCGGCUUUGGCCUCGGUCUGGGCUUCCUCGCGUUCAGCGGCGUGGUGUCCCUCGCGCUCCUCGUGAUCUGGAGCAGAAAGGUGGUCGCGGCCGUCACCGUGGCCUCCUUCUCGCUCUUCCUGCUCGAGUCCGUGAGGUCUUCCCUGCGCCCCGGGCGGCCGCGGCGCCCGGCGGCGAUGGACGGGCGGCUCCUUUUGGACAGCCGGGGGCGCGUCUCGCCGAUCCGGGAGGUGGACGCGGAGACGGCGCCGUCCCGGCCGAGCUGCUCGGACACCGACAGGGGCAGCGAGGUCUCCAUCCUCGCCGUGGAACAAGACAGCGGCGGCCUCGACGAACCAACCAGCCCGAAGGCGAAGGCCAAGACGAAGAAGCGUUCCUGGAAGAAGCUGAUCGCCAGCGCCAAAAAAUUGCACAAGGGCCGGAAGGGUAAGGAGGCGGAUUCCCUAGGCUCUUUCCGCAGCGACGGCGACGGCGACGACGCUGCCGCCUCGUCGGUGCGUCGUGGCAAUGCCACGGCGACGGAUUCCCGCCGUGGCACGGUCAAUCAAACGGAUGCCGGCGCCGUGGCCGGGGAGCCGGAUUCUCCGAGGGGGUCUCGCCGCAGCCAGGGGGCCGUAGAGAUAGUCGCCGCCGCGCCGGUAGAAAUCGAUGCGCCGGUGGACCUCGUCCAGGAGGAAGAGGAGGAGGGCCAAGCAGCAGGCAGGUUUCCCGCGGCGCCGGUCCUGGUCGCCGUCGCCCUCGCCGGCCUGGUGGCCGGGAAGCUCCCUGCCGUGGCGCUGACGGUGCUCUGCUACGCCUUCCUUAACUCGGCUCAGGGAUCGCCCCGCGGAGGCGGUUGCCCGCCGGGGAGGCGAUCCGAGGUCCCCCGUGUCGUAGUAGCUGUUGUAAAUUAGUGAGCAGCAAGCAAGCAAAAGGGAAGGAGAAACGAUACGUGUUGGUUCAGUUGAGUUAUUGCUGUUUGUGUUUGCAUCCCCCCUGCUGGGUGCUAGGUGGGAGGGUCGGAGUUACAUUAACUUAAACUCUCUGCUAAACCGCUGGUGAUCCCAUGCGUUUUUU